CACCAAUACAUUAAAAAAAAUAAAAAAUAAAAAAACAUUUCAACCAAUAAACGUCAAACAAAAAUUCAAUUUCAAAAAUCUUAGCCAUGAAGGUUAGAACAUAGAAUUGGAUUUUGGAACGACGUCGUCAAAGAGGACCAAAUCGGACUUUAAGCUGGCGUAGCCCUAGUGAAUUUUUGAGAGAAUUCAGAACUCUGUGUGAUCCAAAGAUGGCGAGCGAAAAUGAGCCUGCAAAGCUUCUGUUACCAUACCUUCAACGAGCCGAUGAAUUGCAGAAGCACGAGCCUCUUGUCGCUUAUUAUUGUCGAUUAUACGCAAUGGAACGAGGGUUGAAGAUCCCUCAGAGCGAGCGUACCAAGACCACCAAUUCCAUCCUUGUUUCUCUCAUGAAUCAGCUUGAAAAGGAUAAGAAGUCCCUCAAGUUGGGGCCUGAAGACAAUCUGUAUGUGGAGGGAUUUGCCUUAAAUGUGUUCGGGAAGGCAGACAAGCAAGAUCAUGCUGGACGAGCAGAUUUGAAUACUGCGAAAACAUUCUAUGCUGCAAGCAUUUUCUUUGAGAUUCUUAAUCAGUUUGGUGUACUUCAGCCUGAUCUUGAGCAGAAGCAGAAGUAUGCAGCUUGGAAAGCAGCAGAUAUAAGGAAAGCUUUAAAAGAAGGAAGGAAACCUAUUGCAGGCCCUCCUUCUGGUGACAAUGACCUAUCGGUUCCUUCAAGUACUGCCAGCGGAGCACAUGAUGUUGGGCCAAGUGAACCUACUUUUAACAAUUCCAUGCCAGAAUCAGGUCUAUCACCCUACUCUUCUGACAAGGUUAACAACCAAAAUUCUACAAGCAUUGAACCGCCAUCUUUUCAUGAUGAAGUGAACAACCAGCAUUCUACAAACAUCCCACCGCCAUUUCAGUAUCAUGAUAAAGUCAACGACCAGCAUUCAGCACACACUCCACCAACACAGCAGUUCCAUGAUGAAGUCAGCAACCACCAUGCUACAAACCUUCCACCACACACUCCACCAACACAGCAGUUCCAUGAUGAAGUCAGCAACCACCAUGCUACAAACCUUCCACCAACUCUUCCAUCGUACCCUACUGCUGGUUACCCUUCCCAUGAUUUCCAUCCACCUCCUCCAGCAAACAGAUCAGAUAGUUUUGAUUAUUCUCAGCCAUACCACCACCAAUCCUAUCCACAGGAACCCCAACAGCAUUUGCCUCAUAAUUAUCCUCCACAUGAAGCUAAUUCUUACUCAUAUACUCAUUUCCAAUCUUAUCCGGGUUUUUCAGAGAGUAGUCUUCCGGCUGUUCCAUCUCACUAUCCGUCCUACUUUCAAGGCCCUGAUGCUUCCUACUCUCCCCAAUCAGCUCCUCCUACCGCAGACUAUCCCUCAACCACCCAAUUUCAGUCAAGCAGCAAAAAUGGGAAGGUUACAGAACCAGUCCCUUCCCCCGCAAAGACAUACGAGUAUGACAGUAACUACCAGCCACCACCAGAGAAAAUUGCAGAGGCACAUAAGGCUGCCAGAUUUGCAGUUGGAGCAUUGGCAUUUGAUGAUGUGUCAGUUGCAGUGGAUUUCUUGAGGAAAUCACUUGAAUUAUUGACGAACCCGUCAGCUAAACAGUGAGGUUCUUGUGAUUGGUUGGAACCGGGAUGUGUUUCUGUCAGUUUGCUUGAUUGAUAUGUAAAUGUCAUUGGAUAUACAUACACACGAUCUAAUCUUGAUCACCAUACACGUUUGUGAAUGUAUUGAUAUGCCUCCAGUUUUUUUGAGCAUUUAAGUGACAUUUACUUUCUUUAA